AGCCAGAGGACUACCAGCAGUUUAAGGAUUUUGGAUCUGCCUGUCUCACCGAGGGUGACAGUGCACAACUACUGAAAUUUCUUCAGGAUGAGAAAAACCAGGUACUUCAGAGUACUGACAGAGACAGAUCUGUUCUAUCCUCUAUCCUGACUAACAGUCGUCAUACCCUACACCUAUGAAGUGACAAAGACACUCAGUGUUAAUCUGUCAUACAGCACUAACAUACGCAGUCACACAGCAGCCUCCUGAGCAGGCACAUACAGUAGCUACUGAAGCGAACAGCAGCAGCCACUUCCCUGCUACCAAAAUAUGCUAAACAUCGACAUGCAGGCAGCCACUACUCUGUGCCUGCUGGCCUCUUGACCUGGAGGUGCUGGGAGUAAACAAGCAGACAUUCAGUUAGAUUUCUCGCUCCAAUGAUAACCCUCUUCAAUACUGCCCUCCUCUAAGUGCCCUAGCGCACAUUUAGAAGCAUAUGCCAUUUCUUACUCCUUCCUCUUUCUGAGGCCAAAACAAUCUCAGGGGGUUCAAAUGAUUGAUUAUCGAAUGAGAAAUCCCUGAAAUUGAACGUGGUCAUCGAGAAUAAGACUUGGUCAUGUGGCAUCUACCAAUAAACACUACAUGUCCAUGAUGUAAUAUGUACAGUAUUCUACGGUACAGUUCUUUUCAGUGUGGCAUUGGAGCCUCUUAAAAUAUAGGGACAAAAAUAGACAGUGUUCAGUACAUUUCAAAUUGAUACAUUGUAAUAAAUUGCUUGUGUAACCUGGUAUUUCAGUCAGUGCACACCAGUUCAGCUAAUCAUGCGAAAAUGUAAAAAAUUGUCUACAAGUAUAAAAUUAAAUAAAUAUCAAUAUUAAGUUUCUGAUAAUAAAUGUGUGAUGAAUGAAUACUCACUUUGGUUUUUACCAAAUUACACAAUUCUUUCCAGGCAACUUUUUGGAAAUUAUUGGGAAAUUAAAGUGUAACACAAAAUUACACACAUAGCUAAUAAGUAUACUGUAAUGACUUUUUUCUCUUGCACCUAGGGGAUUGUGAAGUCUAUGGGUUAUGUUCUAAUGGCACCUCUUGUAAAUGAAGUAGUUCAAAAAGAGAAGAGUCUUGAUCACUGCCAGGCUGCCAUCACACAUUUGACCAGGUGUCUGUUCUGUUGUUUAGACUUGCAGCCCGAAUAAACUCAUGCACAGCUUGCUUGAACUGAUUGAAGACAUUGAUCCAGGGGCCAUUUCUGAGACCAUCUUAACCCUUGUUCCACAUCUUCAAACAGUGCUGCUUCAGCUGGAUGACAACAAGGCAGCCUGUGUGGGCUUGGCUCUGACCGCCCUGCAAAAGCAGUUGUCCAGGCUGCCUGUGCCUUAUACCCAGCAGCAAGAGGAGGCUGAUGAGUAUGGUCUGUGUCGCUGCUACAAUGCCUUGGCUGUGUCUACAAAGCCAUUCAUAGAGGAGGUGAAGAGGAAAAAUGAAAACUGCACUACCACAUCUGAGGAUGAGGAGCUAAGGACUGAGCUUCUCAAGUUCUGCAUGAGGAGUUUGAGGGAGCCCUUGCUUGAGGCUGAACUGAACCGGGAUAGAAAAUCGUCACUGUGGCUCUUUGCAACAGAGAUAAUGGUCACACUACCUGCAAUCCAAGAGUCUCUGUCAGAGCUCCUUUUCUUCAGCACUCUAAAGAAAAGCACCCAGACAGACAACAGUCAGUCCAAGGAGUCAAGAGCUUGUCUGGCUUAUCUACUGUUUGUCCAGCUCAUCACCAUCGACAGCUUUCCCGCAGUAUUCAGUCCUGUAUUUGUUCUUCAGUGCAACAUGGAAUACAUCAAUCAACUACUCACUAGCAAAAAGGAAUCAUACUUGCUCAAAGGACUGGCACUGUAUGCAAAAAGCUUGGAGAGUGUGCAGGACAACAGCCUUCCAGUGAGUCUACUGGAACUGAAGAGCUUCUAUAGUGUACCACAGAACCUGAGGCACGUUCUUACUGACUGCCCAAUGCAGCAUUUGAGAGAAUCAGGACUACAGGUUUUACAGCUGUUCAUCAAUAAAUUAGAUGUUGAAGCAAAGCACAAGUUCUUCAGGUGCAUGUUGAAAACCAGCAACCACGCAGGAGUAGAGAGUUACAUAGUAAAAAACACCAGGAAUCAAGUUGAAUUUUCUAUGAAGCCGGGUAAUGCCAAUGAGUGGUUCCUUGGGGAGGAGUUUCUCUCGUUGUUGGGACUGGUGUUGUAUUUGCCACAAGGUGCUGAGACAGAUUUGCUGAACAGUAUGGAUAGGAUAAUGGAGAGUCUAAAUCUUCUACGCUACAUCCUUAUUAGAGACAGAGAACUAAGGAGAACUACAGGUGUGUGGGAAGAGCUGUGCAGGCUCAAAGACGAAUACCUAAAAAUGCUCCGUGUGUGUAUCAGCAUUUCAAGAGGAUAUUAUUCUGCUGAACUGAAGGCACUGAGGGAAGAUCAAAAGCUAAAAGCAAAAGAAGCCAGAGAUGCUGCCAGAUCCACCAGAUUAGUCAAAAGCAUUACAGUGCAACACCAGAAAGUGUCCAAUAUGUCCCCACAGGUACAGCACCAGGUGUUGCAGAGUGCUUUGGUGACAUUUGACCUGAUGGAGAGUCUUAUAGUCCGUAUCGAAGAGAUCACAGAGGAAAAGCUGAAGAUCCCAAACUAAAUUGAGGGGCUCAAGUGUCACUUCUGGGUUAUUUUUAUAAACACAGUUUUACUUUAUUUGCUCUGUUUGGCCGAUACAGAAACAUGCAUUGAUUACAAUUAUUUUCUUUUCUAUGCCAAAGUUAUUGUAAACAAAUGUAAAGCUUGUGCUGUUAUAGCAUCAAAUAAAACAACACAAGUGUGAAGUGUGUGAAAAAAUGCUGGAUCAUAUGCUGAGCUUUAUAGAAUGUCCCUAAGCAUCUCCCACACAGGACUGCUUUCAAUGAUGUGAGCCCGAGCCAGAGACAUCCGGUCACGGAUACUGUCUACAUGGGGCUUACUGGUGGCCUGCAGACAAAUGAGCCUGUGCUUAGUUCAAAGUAUUACAAGGAAACAACAUCUAAUGUAUUAUCUAGAAUGACCAAAUAACUUUUGUGCACUGCCUCUAUCUUUACCUUGGCAAUUGUCAACAUUCCUUUGACAAUCUCUGCAUUGUUUCGCACAGGCAGUAUCCUGAGAUUGCUGCCAAAGAAUCUGAAAGAGAAAAAGCCAAAUAAUCUAAAUCUUAUAAUCACAAUGCCUUUGUAACCAGUGUCAGUUAAACAAACCAAGUUGGGUAGAAUCCCUCCAGGUAACAACUUGGGGAAGUGACUGAAACAGCCACUAGCACAGCCAUGUAUCUACCUCAGUUGAAUCACCGACAAGAUUUCCAAUUCCUUUUUCCCAUUAAAGGGGGCAUAUAGAAGUAGAAAGCUGUUCCGGUGUACUUGCACAAAUGUCCUUAUCCUCUUAAUGAGUCCAGAUUCCUCAAAAUGCUCCAGGAGGUCUUGAGGGUCAACCAACAGAAAUGCUGUACCUGGGGAAGUUGUAAAUGUUACAAAUAAACUAAACACAAAAAUGCA